AUGAUUAACCUAUCAAGUUCUGUUUCGUUACUUUACGCAGUCGACAUCGCAAACACUACGCAAAACGUAGACGUAACAUGGUCUAAAAGCACCUCCUCGCAUUCCUUGACCAUUAAAAUCGAGAACGUCAAAGACGGAGAACAGAAUCAUCAUAAUCAUCAUCAGGUGAAGAUAGAUAUCGGAGGUUCUUCGUUUUGGGCCAAAAAGGGUCUCAAGAGCUUAGAAGCUGAAGGCACAAGGGUCGAUGUAUACUGGGAUUUCCGUCAAGCCAAAUUCUCCAACUUCCCGGAGCCUUCCUCUGGCUUCUACGUCUCCCUCGUCUCCCAAAACGCCGUCGUUUUAACAAUCGGGGAUCUAAAGAACGAAGCUUUGCAGAGGACGAAGAAGAACCCUUCGGCAACAGAAGCUGCCUUGGUCUCCAAGCAAGAGCACGUCCACGGGAAACGCGUUUUCUACACGCGAACCGCGUUUGGCGGUGAGGAGUCGCGGCGGGAGAACGAGGUGGUGAUCGAGACUUCUCUCUCCGGUCCCGACGAUCCGGAGAUGUGGAUUACGGUGGACGGUGUGCCGGCGAUUAGGAUCAUGAAUUUGAACUGGAGAUUUAGAGGGAACGAGGUCGUGACCGUGAGCGAUGGUGUUUCUCUGGAGAUCUUUUGGGACGUUCAUGAUUGGCUGUUCGAUUCCUCUGGCUCGGCCAGCGGGUUGUUCGUUUUCAAGCCCAAGACUGGAUUCGAAUCUCAAAGUCCUAGGUUUAGCGGUGGUUCCGGCGGUGAAGACGACGAUGGUGGUUGCGAUGCGGAGGAUGAUGAUUCCUCGCCCAUGUAUUGCCAUGUUCUGUAUGCUGUGAAAGUUUGA